AUGGCCACCACCACCACCACCACCACCACCGUAGCCACAAAGCCACUCUUAACCGACCUAGCCUCCACUGUUGAUCGUGUUCCCUCCAACUUCAUCAGACCCCUUGCUGACCGUCCAAACCUUCACCAACUUCACACCUCCACACCUUCCAUUCCCAUCAUAGACCUUCACGACCUUGAUGGUCCCAAUCGUUCCAAAAUGGUCCAAAACAUCGCACAUGCUUGCCAACACUAUGGUUUCUUUCAAAUUGUGAAUCAUGGAAUUCCGGAGGAGGUGGUGACUAAGAUGGUGAACGUGUCGAAGGAGUUCUUCGGGUUGCCGGAGAGUGAGAGGCUGAAGAAUUACUCCGAUGACCCUUCGAAGACAACAAGGCUUUCCACCAGUUUCAAUGUCAAGACUGAGAAAGUUUCCAACUGGAGAGACUUUUUGAGACUUCACUGCCACCCCCUUGAGAAUUACAUUCUGGAAUGGCCUGCCCACCCUCCCUCUUUCAGGGAUGAUGUUGCUGAGUACAGUAGAAAGAUGAGGGGUUUAUCUCUGAAGUUGCUUGAGGGAAUAUCAGAGAGUUUGGGGUUGGAAAAAGACUACAUAGAGAAAGCACUGGGAGAACAUGGGCAGCACAUGGCCAUAAAUUACUACCCUCCAUGUCCUGAGCCAGAGUUAACAUAUGGGUUGCCACCUCAUGCUGACCCAAAUGCUAUCACUAUUCUGCUCCAGAAUGAGGUGCCUGGCUUGCAAGUCCUCUAUGACGGCAACUGGUUAACCGUCAAUCCUGUUCCCAACACCUUCAUAGUCAAUAUUGGUGACCAAAUUCAGGUGAUAAGCAACGACAGGUACAAGAGCGUGUUGCAUCGAGCAUUGGUGAAUUGCGAGAAGGAAAGAAUGUCCAUUCCGACAUUCUAUUGUCCUUCACCUGACGCAACCAUAAAACCAGCACCUCAACUGGUGGACAAUGAUCAUCCUGCGCAAUACACCAACUUCACGUACAGAGAAUACUACGACAAGUUCUGGAACAGAGGACUUUCGAAGGAAACCUGCGUCGACAUGUUCAAGGCUUGA